CUUCGACCCAAAUUUUCCUUCCAUUGCUUUCUCCACUCUCCAUACUGCUACCUUUCUCUAUAACUUCAAUCCUCUGCACAGUGUCUGUCCAAGUGAUCUAUCAACCACAGUAAAAACAUAUAUCGGCCAAUUUUUCAUACUGAAAACACACCAUAACUUGUUGAUCAUUCAGUUUCAUGUGAACACAUCUUGCUAGAGCUUUCUUAACAUCAGUCGUCACCAAAAGUAUCAGAAAACUCCCUCUUGUUCAUCCAGCUUUUAUCACAGCAACAUUUUUUUGUCUUUUCUUAAACAUCUUCCCUAUUUUAGAACUAAGCCAGUUAAGGGGUAAAUUAUUCACUUGCACCCACAGGUUAAGUUCGGAACAACCAAUUUGACUUUCUGUAAGUCCCUCUUCCCUUUCCAGCACGAUCAGAUACUGAUCUCAAAUAUCAAAUUUACCUAAUUCACCACUUUCUUCUUACCAUCGUUACUCCCGAAGAUGAACUGAAAGAAAUUAGUACUAAGUUCCCUUACCUCCAUCUGAUUCUGUAUCUGCCAAAUCGCUGACAUUGCCCUACGGAUUCCGAUUAGAUUCGCUUUCCUCUCACCAAUUAUUUUCCCAAACAAGCUCCUUGAGCACUCCCCUUCGCUUGCCUUGAUGUCUUCCACCCCCAACUCGAUUGUCUUGUUUUUCACAGAUCCAUUUUCUUCAAACGGUCCCCUAGCUCAUCCGCUUCGCCAAUGAACUAGGAAGAAUCCUCCGGAGACCUGCACAAUAUAAACCAAAAUAAGCACCCCCGCAAGAUAGACGAAAGGAAAACUCUAAGCCACCAAACUAUAACCAGAAAAACCUCAACUAUCCCACCCAACGAGACGAAGUCUAGAAAACCUAGCAACACAACUCAGAACGCUAAGAAAAAGACAAGAAGAAAGCUCUUGGGGGAGAGAAUCAAGGAAAGAAGGGGAAGAAAUGAAAACUAGGGUUCCUCUCACAGAGAUAAAUUUCCUCUCACGCAUUGAAAGCAAAGGAAAGAGAAGGGUGACCUUAGGAUUCAAUAAGUGUAUUUCUCUCCAUUUUCUCCAAACAUUGAGCACACCUUUCUGGAACCUCCACCUUUCCACGCUCUUCAUUCCUGAUAUCGCCCGCAGGAAUAUGCUCGAUUGUCUCCCGCUUCUGUCACCGCCAUUUUGUCUCUGUGCCAUCUGCGCCACCACCACACUACUAGGACCACCAUUUGAUGUGACAGAGUUUGAACAAGAGACGAUUCUACGGGGUGCCAUCGGACGUGGGGUAAAGAAUGUCGACAUGUACCUCUACCGCGAGACAAACUUCCGUAAAGCAUUGUUUGAGUGCAAAACGCUUGAAAAAAGGCUCAGAUAUUCUUUUUCGACUGUUACUGUACUCAACACUGACAUGUUGGAUGCAUCUGAUGAUCGUGAUUCACAACCUGGUAUGAGCAUAUGCUUAUUGGCUAAGUUCGUCGAUAAGUUGGUGACAAUGUGUAUUGUUUUGUUCUUGUAA